AUGGAUAUGCGUACUCGCAGAACAGCCGAAGAAAUUUCAGAGAUAGAGAGAGAAGAGAGAGGGAGAGAUUGCGGACCGCGCCACAUGGGUGGCCAGAUGCAGCAGAGCAAUGCUGCGGCAACUGCUCUGUAUGAGCACCCUGGCGGAGGGUCCCUGCACAAUGCUGGUAUUGGGACCGAUGCUGGAGAUGCAGUCAUGGCACGCUGGCUCCAGUCCGCUGGGUUACAGCAUCUGGCCUCACCCUUGGCUUCCAGUGGUAUCGAUCAACGCCUCCUACCUAACCUUCUUAUGCAGGGUUAUGGUGCACAGUCUGCUGAAGAGAAACAAAGACUUUUCAAGUUAAUGAGAAACCUAAAUUUUAAUGGAGAAUCGGGUUCCGAGCCAUUUACUCCAACAGUACAAAGUUCGGCUGGAAUGGGUGCACCAGAAGGUUUCUAUUCUCCUGAGUUUAGGGGGGAUUUUGGAGCAGGCCUUUUGGAUCUUCAUUCUAUGGAUGAUACAGAGCUUCUAUCAGAGCAUGUUAUGUCAGAACCAUUUGAGCCGUCACCCUUUAUGCCUGCUGUUACGCAAGCCCUUGACAAUGACCUAAAUGGGAUGAUUGGCAGGCAGGAUAGAGGGCAAACAGAUACCGAUGCCUUGGUUGGAUUACCUGGUGAUAAGGAGAUCAAUACCAGAGAAAAUAAUGUGGCAAAGAUAAAAGUUGUGGUCCGCAAAAGACCACUAAAUAAAAAGGAGCUUGCUAAGAAGGAGGAUGAUAUUGUGACUGUGUAUGACAAUGCUUGUUUGACAGUCCAUGAACCGAAGCUAAAGGUGGACCUGACUGCUUAUGUGGAGAAGCAUGAGUUUUGCUUUGAUGCUGUUUUAGAUGAGCGUGUAAACAAUGAUGAGGUAUAUCGUGUAACUGUGGAGCCCAUUAUUCCCACUAUAUUCCAGAGAACAAAAGCAACAUGUUUUGCAUAUGGGCAAACUGGAAGUGGCAAGACAUACACAAUGCAGCCGUUACCCCUCAGAGCCACUGAAGAUCUUAUCAGAUUAUUGCAUCACCCUACUUACCGCAAUCAAAGAUUCAAGCUGUGGCUUAGCUUUUUUGAGAUAUAUGGAGGAAAACUGUUUGAUCUUCUUAGUGAUAGAAAGAAAUUGUGCAUGAGAGAAGAUGGGCGACAACAAGUUUGUAUUGUUGGAUUGCAAGAAUUUGAAGUUUCUGAUGUACAGAUUGUUAAAGAAUAUAUUGAGAGGGGAAAUGCUGCAAGAAGUACUGGCUCUACUGGUGCUAAUGAGGAAUCUUCAAGGUCACAUGCUAUAUUGCAACUGGCUAUUAAGAAGCACAGUGAAACAAAAGAUUCCAAGAGGAACAAUGAUGGGAAUGAGGCCAGAAGUGGGAAGGUUGUAGGGAAAAUUUCUUUCAUUGAUCUUGCUGGUAGUGAACGAGGAGCUGAUACAACAGAUAAUGACCGACAAACACGGAUUGAGGGAGCAGAAAUUAACAAGAGUCUUUUGGCCCUUAAGGAGUGUAUUCGUGCUCUGGACAAUGACCAGAUACAUAUUCCAUUUCGUGGGAGCAAACUUACUGAAGUGCUUCGUGACUCCUUUGUGGGCAACUCUAAGACCCAAGGAAUCUGUGUUAACAUCUUCUUUUCUGCUUCUGCUGAGAUGGAGGAUGUUUAUGAGCAAGACCAAGAACCUAAAGUAGCAGAUACAGGUAGAAAGGUUGUGGAAAAAGAUAGUAUAUCUUACAAUCCUUCUGACUCGAAUAAACAAUCCUUUAGUUUUCAAUCAAAUUAUCCUUUCAAUGGCCGGAUGACAGUGGGAUGGCUUCUGGUGCUAUUGAAAAAGACAGGCUUGAUAAACAAAACCUUGGUGGUUCAACAAGUCAAAAAAGCUAUUCUUGAUGCAGAAGAAAGAGUACAGAAGGUGUCUCCACCUCGAAGAAAGUCUAACAGGGAUGAAAAAUCUGAAAAGCCAGGGAAUUGGUCUAAAAAAGAUGUUGCUGGAUCAGAUCUUUCCACAAGUUACAAGCAGCAAAACUCAAGCUCUAUUGCUAGUAACAAUGUAGUAUCCAAGCAACAUGAAUCUGAAUAUCCGCUUCCGGAUGGAAAUAUCAAUGAAAUACUAGAGGAAGAAGAGGCUCUAAUUGCAGCUCAUAGAAAGGAAAUUGAAGAUACAAUGGAGAUUGUUCGUGAAGAGAUGAAACUGUUGGCGGAAGUGGAUCAACCGGGAAGUCUCAUAGACAAUUAUGUGACUCAGCUAAGCUUUGUUCUCUCACGCAAAGCAGCAAGUCUUGUCAGCCUCCAAGCCCGCCUCGCCAGGUUCCAGCAUCGACUCAAAGAGCAAGAGAUACUCAGCAGGAAGAGGGUACCCCGUUAG